AUGCAAUUCCCAACCAUCCUCGCCCUCCUCACGGCAGCAGCCACCUCCGUCCUAGCACAGGACCUCAGCGGCCUCCCGACCUGCGCACAAACCUGCUUCACAGACAACUUUGCCAACAGCGCGUGUACAGUCACCGAUAUCGCGUGUCUCUGUGCUGACACCACUUUCUUCAACGAUGUUGAGAUUUGCGUUCUGACUGCCUGCUCUACUGAUGAUGCCGUUGGUAUGUUUUCUCCCUUCCAAGGUUGA